GCCGAAAAAGCAAAGAAGACUUAAAGAGUCCAAACCAGACAAGAACUUAAAAGUCAAAAGACCUGUAUGAAUGGGUAACUCUGUCGAAAGAAGAAGAAGAAGAUUCAUGUUUGUUUCUUCAUAAAAACUCCAAAUCCUCCUGAAAAGACAACAAUUUUAGAUUUGGGUUUUUUGGAAAUUGGGAAGAUGGAUCAUCAUCAUCAUCAUCACAAUCAAUGGCGUAUGAGGUUCUCGUUCAAGAACGCCACAAUUGCUCUCACUGUCGUCAACGUUCUCAUCUUCCUCUUUCUCCUUCAGGGCUUUUUCACUUCCUCCUCCUCCUCUUCUUCUUCCUCUCGCCGGAUCGUUUCAGCUCAGCUUCGGUACAUCAAGGAAGCUGAAGAGAUUAGGCUCAAGAUGCAACCUUUAGAGCUCAUCAAAAGAGUUCGAGAAAUUGAACAGGAAGCAUCCGCGGGACAAGAAACCGAGCAGCAGAAAGAUGUGAAGCAGACUACAGCUGUUGAUCUCUCUAAACGCCUCAAAGACUUCCGUGCGCUAAACGAUGCAUCAAGCUUGAAAGCCUUGGAAGAAUGGCGAAAGCGGAAAAUGGAACGAGCUAGACAACGGGAUCUUGAGAAAACCGGAGGAGCUUCGUCCAUCAAAACAUAAUCAUAACUGCUGCUAUAUAAGUCAUUAAUCCUCAGAUUUUCAUGGCUGCUGCUAUAUAAAAUGAUUAAAAAACGUUAUGUCUCAUGAAAAAAAUCAUGUAAGCCUUAAUAUACACAGAACAAACCUGUCAAAACACAGGAAAAAGAAAGAAAAGGAUCUCUAAUGUUAAAUGUUUCAGACAGUUAACA